CAGUUUUUCACAGGAACUGAAUAUUACACCACACCUGUUAGCGCCACAGCGACAGGUGUAACGCAGUAACCCGGAAAUACGACAGACGAAAACAACAGGAAUCUUCUUACUGAAGUCAUGGAUAAGAACAUACAGCAGGAUUUUGAGAACCAGUUCAAUGAUGUGGUCUCAAGACUACAAUCAAAGAAGAUGUUUCAGUCGGACUGGGACAUUGCCUCUUUCGCAGUUUUCUUCAUCUUUAUAGGCAUGGUCCUGUUGCUGGUUAUCUUGGUUCUCAUCCGCUGCUGUUGCUGCUGCUGCUGUGAUGAGAAGCCAAGAAGACAGAAGGUGGGUGUCGACAAUAUGGGAAUGGAGCCGUGAUCUUCCAGAAACAACAGGCACCAUUACAUCUAUUUUUUCCCUAUCAGUUUUGCCACCUAAUCACUAUUUAUGUGUGAACAAGUAAAAUAAUGGAGGUAGGAGAAAAAUAUUUUAGGUAGAUACUUCCUUAUAGGGAUGAUAAAAGCAAAAACCUUCCCCUACUGUGCAAAAAUGCAGUUAAUAUUUACCCAGGAAAUCACAUGAUUGAAGUUGCAUUCCAUUAUAGAUACUGGAUCCACUUCAUCAGAGAGAACACAGAUUUUUAUAUACAAGCAUGCUCACCAGUUUUGAAGACAUUGGUUACUUUCUGGUUACACUUUAUUGAAGCAACUUUCCUGGAUGGAACCAAUGCAGGUCCUUGACAAAUGGCCUCGGUUGAAAUGAAUUUGUUUUUACUUGUCCAUUGAACAGUAUGUUUAAGCUGUUAAUCUUGUACCUGACUGUGAAGACUGAAUCCACUUAGCCUACACCUUUUCACUGAAUUAGCCUUGUCCAAGAUUUAAAGU